AUUACGAUUUUUUUUCCUUCUCAGAUAUUUGAAAGCCAGAAGUGGCAGCACUGUUCGAAAUAAAAUAUUUUUAUAUCCAGUACUCCAGUCUGCUGAUAUUCGGCAAAAUUUUAAGGAUUUGGUAGAAAAUGAUGGAUCUCGUGGUAUGCGAGGCCCCCUUGGACAACAGUUUUCAAAAAGAACGAUUGGAGCUCGUUAACAAAGGCUCUUUGGGUCGACGAAGAAAACCUUCCCGUGCUAAUAUCAAGCUCAUCCUCUCACCUUCCCAAAACGGCCAACAUCAACCAGCAGCUUCUACUCCCGUUUCUGUCUCCAAGAAAGCUCUUGUGAAUGGUGACGUUGGCAAGAAAAGUUGUUCUCAACACAAAUGCAAAACUAUUUCUUCUACACAGUUUCAGUCUACAGAGUCAAGCUUACCUCGAACGUCGGCUGAACUAAAACCUGUUUCUGAGGGCCAACAAUUCUCCAUCCAGGCCAAUAUAAAGCUCAAAAAAUCUGACUUGGGAAGAAGUGCAGUUCUAAUUCAAACAUGGGAGAGGAGGACUGCGACUGAUUCUUUUACUAAACAGCAACAGGUGUCUAAAACAACGCCUCGAAAUUUUGCAAGUAAUCGCUCUCAGAACAAAGGGAUCUUGGAAAACACGUCCGCCAUGCCAGACUCCUAUAUAUGUUCGAAGUAUAAAGGCAGCCUGCAAAAUGGCGAAUCCUUGCGGAUGGGUGCUUUGGUUUCUAGUGUUCGAGAUGCUAACUUGGAUGAAACAAUGUUGUAUCAUCGGAAAGCGGAAAACAGCCCAAAAUACGUCAGAGAACAUGGAAAAUUUGGCUGUGAGAGAAAAAUUCUUGAACCAGAACCCGAAUGGAUAAGUCUUAGCAGAAAACUCUGUGCCAAGUUUGUAGAAGGUCAUAUAGAAAAUCAUUCUGUCGAUUCCUAUAACUACGAGGAAUCGAAUGGAGCGACACCAAAACAUAGUCCUUCUACGAAUGGAAUAGAACAAGUGAACAGUCCUCCAAAGCCAACACAAACAUUCCAACCACAACAAUUCCGUGAAGAAAAGAAAGUGGUAAUUGAGGCAUCUGUAUUGGAAAAGCCAAGUGAAGAACCACCCUGGAUUCCUCUGAGUCGGAAGUUACGCACAAAAUUUAUCGAAGAGCAUAUAGAAUACCCUAUUCCGGCAUGUGUCGAAGCGGUGCGAAAUGCAGAUAUCGUUGAACCAAACGGAGAUAUCAGAAUCAUCGAAAAGAUUGGAAGGCCGAAAAGUAAGAAAUCUAGGAUUAGAAAGGAGCCCCAGCCAGAAUGGAUAAGUCUCAGUAAGAAACUACGGGCAAAGUUCAUCGAAUCUCAUAUAGAUGAUCCGGAUACAAUAGCAUUGGAUAAUCAACUUAAUGCGUCUGAUCCGGAAGAAACAAGUUCUGAAUCUCUGUCUGAUAUUUCUCAGGAAAUACCUGAUGAGAGAGAACAUGAAUUAAGCCCAACAGUAAAAUAUGGCGGUAAAAAAUCCCAAAUCCAGAAUGAGAUAAUUCGAUCGAUACCCACCUCAGAAUCUAAAAUUCAAUCUAUCGAACAAAACUCUGUCUUCUUCCCUGAAAAGGAAUGCUGUUGGGAAUAUCAGGAAAUGGAAUUCGAUCAAGAAUCCAGUUCUGGAACUUUUCAGGACGCAGAAUACAUUGAUGAAGCUAUGUCAAAGACAGGAAAACUUUCCCAACAGGAAAUUAAAAUAAUGAGUCACUCUUCUGCUGCCGAAAUGGCUAAUCAUUUUGCAUCUGAAGAAAAAGAAAUCGCAAAACGUAUAACUUUUGCUGAUUUUGAGAAAUCUCAAUCCUAUCAAACUGUACAAUGCUAUAAUAACGAUGUCCAUUUCACAACUCGCUUCGAUCAAAGUACAGAACCGCCAUCGAAACUUAUCACUGUCAAAAUCGUGUCACGUCCAGAACGUAAGCUGCACGAAGAAGAAACGAAAACAGCUGUAAAUGAAUGUUCUGUUAAAAGGGAUAUUAACGGUUCCUUCUUUAAUCUCUCGACAUGGGAAGAAGCACAUUAUAAAUCAGAUGAGGAAUCCUCUGAAGUAAAUCCAAGUGAAUUUUCAGAUGCGAGCAGGAAAGACAUGAGGUCGAAGUCUGUGGACAACUUGUGCGAUUCUAUCCAAGACACAUAUCUUGAAAAUGAAUGCAAUGUCAUAAAAAGGGCGGACGAGCCUUGUCUUAAGUUUAAAAGUAAUACGCCUUUGAAAGGAAAACCAUUCUUUGGAUCUGAAAAUGUUCUUAAUAAGAUAGAUUCUAAAGAUUUCCAUAAGAAUUCGCUUUCAGACUUGAACAGUCAUGGAAGUCUUAAAGAUAUUUCUGAAAACUCUAGUAAUAUCUUUUUAAGGAACGAAAAUUGUUGUAACAAAGAAGAUAAGAAUGUCCAUCGAAUAGAAAUACAAAGCUCCCAUUCAAGUGAAUCUAUUGCAUCGAGUGAUGAUAGAUGUUCCAAGACUGUGAAUUUGAGUAAUAGCGCUGCGAAAAAUAAAAAAUCUGGGAAAAAAGAAUCUUUCAAGUGUAAUGGAGUUAUUCCUAAUUCAGUUUGUAACAAUGUAUCUUCGUCAUGUCAGACACCGGAAAAUUCGAAAUUUAUUCUUAAGGAGGAUUCACAGUUUUCAAAUUCUAACUCUGACAUAAUGGGCAUCUCUCAUUCAAAGCGAGUAGUAUAUAAAAAUGAAUAUGCAAACAUCAGUGUUCAGUUAGCAGAAAAUCCAAACAAUAGAGAAACGCCUUUUGAACAACAAAGCAGCAACUUAUCAAAGGAUUUAAAAUCACCAGCUUCUGAAUUUGAAGAUAAGUCUUGCAAAGGUGCAAACGGAAAUACAUCCAAAGAUAAUCAUCAACAAACGAAAAAUUCACUUUUGAAAGCAGGUGAAUUCCGCUUUUCCAACAAUGGUAUUUCCUGUGCAUCACAAAUUCAAGACGAUGAUCCGAAUGAACGCAUAAAAUUUAAAACUACGGGGAAUGUACAGAUGAUAUGCAAAUCAAAAAGUUUAUGUGAUAUUUCAGAAAACAGAAGAGGUAUAGGUUCAGAAGAUGCUGUAUCAUCAAAAAGCAAUGAUACAAGUAAACUUGACUUUGAAGAUAAACCUUAUCUCAUAGUAGAAGCUAAAAAUACACCUGCUGUCGAUUUUCAGCAUUUUGAAUUUGAAUCCGAAGUUCCCUUAUGUGCGAAGUUAGUUUCGAAGCAUAAUAACAAACAUUCCGUGAAAAGUGCACAGUCUGUAUCUUCAUCAUCUAAUAUGAAUGGAAGCGUUUGUUCUGAAUCUUCUCAUGUUUAUGAAGAUAUGUUCAAAGAAACCACGUCUUGUCCAUCUGAUUCAGAAACUUCUAGUUGGACUGUUAUGAAGAAUAACACAUACUAUGUUAAUGGCCGAUCGUCUUCCUUGAAUGAUUUAGAUUUAUCUGAUUCAUGCUCACUGUCUGUCAAGUGUGAUUAUGCUUCCAGUUGUUCAGGCCAAAGUACUCUGCAAAGUCGUCACUCCAGUUGUGGUAGUUCGAGUUUUUAUGUGAAUUUGAAAGAUUACGAUUCUCACAUGCUUGAACCAAGCAUCGGUCGCAAAAAAAAUCGCAAGGUAUCAACGAAUGGUCAUACACAUAUCACAACGAAAAGUAACCCGCCGACUCCAGAAUCCUUAAGACAUCUUUUUACUUCCCCUUUGCACUCAAUCCACACACCUCCAAUUAUAUCUUCUAGACUGGUCAAUAGAUUACCUCCCGAAACUCAAUCCCAUUGUUAUUCAGCAACUACAGCAACUAGCUCAGCAUUCAAGCAUGGUUUCGAUCUUGCGCCUCAGAAACCAAAGAAGUCAGAAAGAAGUUCUUCCAUAAAAAUUAAGGACAUUGCUCAUGGAAUAAUACUGACAUUCCGUAGGUUCCAGAAUCAUUCAAAGUCAUCUCACUUGUCCCAAAUGCAAUACGUUGAUGUUAGUCAUUUAGCGGAAAAUGGCUGCAGGACAAACAACAGUGUGCAGCCUGGGAAAAUGAAAUCCAAGAAAGAUCCAAAAGAAAUCAUUAAGGUUCAAGAGAAAGGGAGAAAUCGAUGGGGCCUUUCCUCCUCCGAAAAUGGGAAAACAGACAGCGACUCUGGAUGCAACCUGUCUUCCAAAGAUUUUCAAAGCAGCAAACCUAGAAGAUCGUCUAGCGACCUCACUGGCUCAAAAUCAAAUCUAGAUCUUAUAAAUCGAGAUAUCAUAACAGAGAAGAAAAAGAAUAAAAACAACAAGAAAAGUAGUAAUAACAGAGAAAAGGGAAAGAAAAGCAGAAGUAAAUCUCUAGAUCCACGAGCUGUCCCAACGGUGAGUCGCAAAGUGCAGCAAAUGGCAGAUGGAACCUUAUGUUUAGUAACAACAGUGUCAGGAGACACGACUCUACCUGGAGUGUACUCCGAUUCUCCCGACACUUCAAGUGAGCUCAGUAGCCACAAGCCAGUCAAAUUACCCGGAGAAUCGAACUGCUGACAAGAAAUCAGACGUCAGAGGCGAUUUUGGGCUAUUGUAAAGAAUUAGAACUGUCUAAUAUUUGUACAGAAUAUAUUUUGCAUGCAAUGAGAUUUUUUUUCUCUUUUUUACUCUUUCAAAGCUUUUCUUUUCGAUUUAAUUUGUACAGGAUAAAUGUUAAAUUUAUUAACUAUGUAUUUUACUUCGAUAUAUCGGAUUUUAAGAGCGUAAUGAGUUGCUAAUCAUAUUUUAAAAAAUUAUAUUCAUAGAGGCAUAAUUCUUCUUUAAAAAAGGAAUGAAAUAUAAUAGACUUUCAGGCUGGGAAUAUUUUGAUUAAAUAAGAUUUUUUAAUAAAAACUGUUCAAAAGUUUAAUUUUUACCCAAGACACAUAAAAUAGUUUCAGCGAGGAAAUGAUUUUCAUACAGAACAUUGCGAGGAAAAAUUUAAAAAUCUUCUUCAUACGAUCAAAAGUGGCCGAACUGACACUACAUGAAGUUUUCAACAGAAAACUUAUAAUCAUAUUCGAACUAAAUUAAAAUCAAUUCAAAAUUUUAAAACUAGUUAUUAAUUUGAAAAUUUUUAUUUUAAGAUUUUAAAAUUCACCUUUAAAAUUCCCUUUCAUAGAAAUGAUUGAUUUAAAAAUAUGAAUGGCGAUGAUAGCAUCGCAAUCGAUGCUUUUCUCGCUUAUUUUAUUUCUUCGGGUGAAGUUAUAUUCCUUUUAAGAUUUUUUUUCUUGGUUGGUUUAUAACAAAAGUCUUCAGUAAAGUGAGAAAAAUUAAUUAAUUAAGGGCUUUCCUUAACAGGGCCUGCAUAAAAAAAUUUAAUAAUUAAAUUUAAUAAUUAAAAAAAAUAAUUUGUAUUAAUGAGUAGUUCAGGGCAAAGAAUUCAAUUUAUUCACGUUCUUUGAUUCAGAUAUAACAUAUGGUUUCAUAAAAUCCAUAAUUCUAGGAUUCCGUACUGAAAACAAGCCUCCUUUUAUGGAUUUAAUGAUUACUACAUACAGACUACUUCAUCUGUGGCAACCUUAUUCAUAACAGUCGUUCGCUUACCGUUAAUAAAAUAUCUAAACCAAUUUGCUAACAGUUUUCAGGAUUUAAUUAAAAAUGUAAGUACAUGGGGUUUCUACAUUUAGCCAACAUUGCAAGACUUUACAGAUCAAGAGUUCUUGAAAUAUGCAAUCUAGUGUUCUUCCAAACGUUGGAAAUUAUAUAUAUAUUUUUUUAUUUGAAAUUAUUUAGAUUCUUUUAAAGUGGCAUGACUGCUUUUAUCCGGUCAUGAUAUUUUUUGUCGCUUAGUAUAUAUUAGCUUAUAAUUUUAAGUAUUUUUAUCGGCAGUAUUUUCUUUAGUGAUGUAAACAUCAUCUUAUUUAAUAGAUGUUUAUGAAAACAAACACUGCAUAAAUAACUGUAAAAAUUUAACUAACAAAUGCUGCUUAAAUACAGGUCUUUACAAACAGAUCCGAAAACCGUGCCAUUCAGAGGGUUAAGAAGAUGAAAAAUAUUAUUUUUUAAGUUAGAAGGAACUGAUUUAUUGAUAAUAAAAAUAUAAUUUUUCGUAUAACACAACCAUCAUGAAAACAAUUAUAUGUUUCCCAAACUAUUUUAUGUUAGACGCUUCUGCAUCAUUUUCCUCAGAAGCAGAAAAUGAUGUAAAAUCUUGCAGUGCAUUUACUUUAACCUUAAUUUAUAGAAAUUAUGAAAUUGUCAAAAAAUUAAGCAGGAAAUGCAGAGGUUACUUUUCAGCAUUUCUUAGCCAGUUCUCAGAAUACUAAAAGGUGUAAUAACACAGCUUUCUGUAUACAAUUAUACAUCUGAAAUCAGGUCAUACAUUUCAAAUAAGUUAAAUUUAUUUAUUAUGUUUCCUAAUUGGUCAUGAAUCAAUAUUUCUUGAAUCCAUGGUGGUACUUUUGUAGAUUUUUGUCGAUUUUGGCGAGCGAUACGACUUAUGGUAAACCCAUUACUGGACAAUGUCAUUUUAUUUAAAAAAAUAAUGCGUUUAUUCAUUUGUCAUCAUUCAUUAUUUCUCGAAUACAUUCCUUAUUCUUUUGUUCAUAAUUAAUUAAUUUACAUACAAGAAGUUGAAAUAUUCUUGAAUGCUUAGGUAAUCUGAAUUUUACAAUAAAUAAUACUUUUCAUUCUUAACGUUGGUAAACAAGACAUGCAAUACGCGUAAUGCGUCUUCGUUUAAAAUAAAUUGCUUCCAGGAGUGAAUUUUGCCAAUAUUUUUGCAGUAUUCGCUUACAAGGGAAGAUUUUAUAAAUGAUGUUUAAAAAUUGUCCCGCAAGUUUAUAAUAAGCGAAUUAAUGUGUAUAUAAAAUAUUUUAGAUGUUUAUAAUAUUUUUCAGUACUUUCGAGUGUGUAAAUACAGAAAUUAUUAUUAUUUAGUAUUUGAGUAAUUUUAUUGAUGAUUCACUACUUCAAUUAAAUUUUGAUUAGUAAUCGUGCCAUUGUGAUAACAUUAGGGUCAUUAUUUUAAUGCAUAUUUAGCCUAUGGACUCUAAACAAACUAUGAAACUCUGUUUUGUUAAUUGCAAUUGACUUACAUUCCAUUUUAUUGUUUCUCGCUAAUAAUUUAUUUCAUAAAUAUGUGGUAAAAUUCAGAAUAGAUUUUAUUUUUGAUGCACAAAUUUACUUGAUUCAGUGAGAAGUAUUUAUAGUUUCAGCUGUUUAUAAAAGUACUUUAUAUUCGAUCAAACUUAUAAAGCUUUAUAAAGGUUUUGUUAAAUAAAAUAAAAGAAAUUUAUCUGUAUUUCUCUUUUACGUUGGCAAUUUUAGAAUUUUAGAUUAUUCGUUGUCUGUCUAAUAUUUUGUGUUUUGAAUACUGUGUAAUGCUGAAUUUUUGUCAUGUAUGAAACAAUGCAUAUUUUUAUAUGGUAAGACUUUAAUAUAUAUACAGCUUGAAACCAAAGUUUGUAUGAAAUGAAAAAAAAAAUAUAAUCAUUUGCACAACGAUAAUUAUUGACAUCACAGAAAAUUUUUACUUUUCAUAUUGUUAUUUAUAUGCACUUUUUAUAAAUAAAUAAAGAUCCGUCCACUCUAGAAUAUUGGGCAUGA